ACUCCAACUGACGCCUUUGAACUCCACCCCGACAUUCGCUCGUAUGUAACGACCCUGAGACCCGGACCCGGCGGCGGAAUUCUCGGCGACGUCGGUCCGAGAGGCGUCGUGCUCGUGACGACGUUCGACGCUCGGACGCGGAUGAUAGCGCAUCAGGACGUGCACGUGCGCGACGUGGAGCGACAGGCGAAGCACUUGGACGUCACGCUGAUCGGUGUGCCGCUGCACGGCGGCGGCGGCGCGGGGAGCGACUACGUCGCGCGUCUGAAGCUCGCGGUGGACGUCAUCGAAGGGAAGCUGGGAUCCGCCGUCGACGCGUUGGCGUGCGGGGAUUUACACUUGGAGCACAUCCGAAAAUGGCGCGAGGACGCGGUCGGCAAGGCGCUCGUGAUGAAGCUCGCGUACCCGGUCUGGAGCGACGACGCGCGGUCAAACUACGACGCGUUGCGCGAGGAUUUGGACGCCAGCGGCGUGCGGUGCGUCGUGACGGCGGUGACGACAGAGGCGGCGGAGGCGGCGGGCGCCAAAGUCGGCGCGCGGUACGACGGCGAUUUGGCGCGGGCGAUGAAGGACGCGGGCGUGGACGCGUUCGGGGAGGACGGCGAGUUUCACACGCUCGCGGAGGUGUGGAGCGUGUCCCGCGAGCGCGCGCUCGGGCUGAAGGCGUCGUAGUAUAUCGUGUCGCCGUAUCGCGUUCUGUUCGUUCGCGCCGAUACUUUGUACCGAACGAACGCGCGCGUCGCUCGCGUCUAC